AUGGCCAAAUCAAACAUUGAAAUAGCGAAGCAGCUAAAACAUAAUUCUGUAGAGAUAAAGGAAUACUUCGAAGACCUAUACGCAUGGCAAAAUGAAAUAAGGAAAAAGGAAGAAAAGGAGAAGGGAAAAGAGAAGAAAAGAGAGAAAGAAAAAGAGAAGAGUACAAAGGAAGGAAAAAGUAAGGGGAAAAUAUCCACAGCAAAAAAGGAUGAUGCAACUAAUUUAAUUAAGGAAGAAAGAAAAAAUUGUGAAAUAAGGAAUGUCAAAAAGGGUAGUGAGGAGAUUAAUAUAAUCAAGACAAGCAACUUCAAUCAAAACUCUUCUCUUAAGAGGGACUGCAAUUCUUUAGAUGACUACUACAGGGCAUGGGAAAAACUAAUAAUAGAGAAUGUUGAAGAUGGCAUCGAAAAUAAGGAGAAGAAUAGCGGUAACAGUAAUAUUAAUAGUAACAAUGCGGAGAGUCUUUUCAACCACUGCGAAAUAAGGACAAACGAACAAGAAAGAAAAGGCUCCAAUGAGAUAGCAGGUGUAGGAGGUAAAAAUGAAGAUGUGUACUCAUUACAAACGGAUAUAAGUAAGUCUAAUUACACAGAUGCACAAGUGUGUUCUGACUACAAAUUGAAGGAGGAUGGUAAAUGGUCGUUAAAUUUAAAUAAGGAAGAACAACGAAUAGUUAAAGUGGGAUCGAGAGCAUUUGACAUAUUUAUUUGUAAAAGUGAAGAAGGGAAAAUAAAUUAUCAGAAUAGGAGAUAUAAUAAAUGUUUAGAAAAUUACAACGAUAUAAUAAGUUAUAUAGAUUAUGAAUUAAGAAGUAACAAUGUAUUUCUAGAAAUAGAAAAAAAUUAUGACAAUGAAUUAUAUAUAGAUGUCAUGUCAUGCAACUAUGUUUUGGAAAAUAAAAAUAUAGAAGAACUAUGUAUUCUUAGAACUAAAGCACUUAUUAACAGAGCAUUAGCAUUUCAAAGAGUAUGUUCUUACUUUGAAGGUAUACAAGAUUGUUCAUGUGUAAUAUUAUUUUAUACUUAUUUUUUACCUCGUAAGAAGGAUUCAGUUAAAUAUAGCAUAAAAAAUCUUCUUACAGUUAAUAUUAAAAAUAUUAUUUUUAAAGCAUAUUAUUUAAGAGCGAUGGCAAGAUAUAAAUUAAAAAUUUAUAAACAUUCUCUUGCAGAUUUUAAAAAUUCUAAAGAUCUAACAAAUGAUAUAAAUUGCUCAACAACAAUAAAUAUAGAUAAAUCUAUACAACUUCUUGAAAAUAUAAUAAAAGAAAAUAAUAUAAAAAAACACAUUAGGAGACAAAGUGAGUACACAUCUACAUUAUUAGAGCGAUAUAAAUUAAAAUCGAAGAUGCUAAGGAUUGAAAUCAUACAGAAGAAAUACACUAGAGAGUUAGGACCACCAGAAAAUAAUAGCACCAAUGGUUGUGCUAACAACAACAAUGGAUGUCAGGACAGCACUAAAAAGGACUCUUACGACGGCAGUGAUAGGAAUAAUAAUAGAGAACAUCAUAACAAUAGUGAAAAUAAUUAUAAUAGUAAUAAUAGUAACAGUAAUAGUAAUACAUUAAACUGCAGUUCUGAACGAGUGGACAAUCUAGGAUUAAGUAAGGAACAUACAAAUGGUGUUGGUAUUACAAGUAUUGGGGGUAAUAAAAAAAUAAUAAAGGUCAAAAAGGGGGAAGAAAGGGUAAUACGCGAUAUUGUUAAAAAUGAACAGAACAGCAAAGAACAUGGUAUGCUGUAUACAGUAAGUGCAAAUAAAAUUGUAGACCGCGUGGAAAAAGUAAAAGAAGAGAUGGAAGAUGAGAAAAACAAUAAUGCAAGCAUUCGCAAUAUAAGUGAAACCAAUAAAAAACAGAAUAAUAACAUCUUUAAUAGUGAAGAUAUAAAUAGUGAUAGUAGUUUAACAUUAAGUGAGAACGAAAUACUGAGCGAUUUAGAAGAAACGAGACCUGGACUAUUAACUGCUAUACCUAGUAUAAAAAAUUGUGAAAACAUAAAAAUUAAAAACAAGAUAAAUUUCGAGAUAAUAUGGAACUCCGAUAAAGUAAAGAGCUCUUUUAAAAAUCAAUUAAAUAUUUUAAAAAUUGCAUUUCUGGAAGAAGGAAUUUUUCACUUCAAUUUAGAUAAAGAUAUUUACGUUGAUAUAUUAGACUGUUUGUUUAAAAAUAAUUUUUUAGUAUUAUUUCAAAAUAUGGAUAAUGAAGAAGAGAUCAUGCAAAAGCUACAAGGAAAUAACCAUGAAAACGAUCCCUGUUUCACCUACGUCAAAAAUGGAACAAAUGAAGAUGGAAAUUCAGUAGAAUUUAAUGGAUGUAUAAAAAAUGGAAAUGUAAAUAAGGGACUCAAAAAUAACAGAACGGCGGAAAACGGUGAAGAGCUAAAUUCUAACGACUGUGUGAUUUUAAUAGAUAUAUUAUACAUGCUAACUAACCGAGGAAAGGAAAAUUACAUUUUCUUAUUUGUUGAUAAAAAAGAAAGAGCCUUAUUACUCAAGUUUUUUAGUUUUAUUUUUAAAUAUCCAAAUGUUUUCAUUUGCAAUGAAAACUGCAUAAAGGAGAAAACUCUCUUGUUGAAAAGUUUACUUGAAAUGAUAUUUUAA